CUGCGAUUAGCAGACGUGUCAGGACCAUGGCUGGAACGUGCACAAAGGAGUGCCGAUAUGUUGGCAAGUUCCCUCGGUGCAACGCUAGCGAGCAUCUGGGCCUUCUCGUCAGAUAAAUGCACUGCGGUUGUGCUGGCGUCAGGCGGAAUUCUGCGAGCAGUACAGCCACAGGGUCACAGCGUCUCUGUGGCGUCGCCGGAGGGUCAGCCAGGCUCGAGUCUGCGACGAAUUACGACCCGCGAAACUGCGUUCACAUGGAGCGUGGACAUUGGCGCACUUGUGGGGGCAGGGAUUGAGGCUGCCGGCGACGGCAGCCCUCCGGACCUGAGGCAUCUUGCAGCUCUUACAGGCAUGCAGCAUUGUGCCGUACUACCCUUGAAGUCUGGCGGACAACUGGCGGGCGCCUUACAAAUUGGCCUCGGUGGCGCACAGCCCGCCGUGUUGGGCGCGACUGCCACGUCCCCUUCGGCCGUGGAGUCCACUGGUGGCUUGCCAGCAGCCCUCGACGCCGGGCGCACUGCAGGCUCUGCCAAUGCUGCCUCUACCGCCAAUGGCAAGCUGUCCGCGAUGCCUAACUGGUUGCCGCACCAUUUGCCAGACCUGAUGCUGCUUUCUCCUGCAGCAUCGCCGGUAGUAUCUGGCGGGGGCAAUGGACUGUCGGUGCAAGCGACGGGAGACAAGCAGAUGGUGUCGUUGCCGCAGGCCGUCGUGGACCUGGUAGCGGCGCUGCGGCGCUGCGAUACGAUCAGCAAACUCAUCAGCGCGGUGUCAGCUGGGUUGCAGGAUUUAACAUACCGUGCCACGUCGAUGCAUUUCUGCGCCACGCCAAUGCUGUUGCAUCGGUCGGCAAUCACUGCCGCAAUUUUCCAGGAUGUCGGGUCCCGUGAGGGCGCGGUCGUCAAGGAGGGCAACACGGCGCGGGGAGAAACGGAGCUUGACUCGAGGCUGUGGCCUCUCGCGCCCUCGAGUACACCGGGGGAGAAUCAGGAUGCUCAAACCAGGACGUUGAAGGCGCACGUGACACAUCUAAAUCACACGUUGAUGCUUCAGGCGGUCAUUGGGCUCUGCGAGCGGCUUCUGACGGGAGUGGACAAUGGACGCUACCGACGGCUGUACGGCGGUUCAAUCAUCCAGAACUGCAGCGAAUACAUGCAGGAUGAGAGCAACCGUGGCCGUGACGUUUCCUUGUGCCAUCGGGUUGGCGUUGCGGACGUUGGCAGCUUGGUCCUGGUUACCGGCGUGUCUCCUGGGGGUGUGCCGCUCCUAGCUGCCUAUCUCACGUGCCGUGAGCCGCUGCCGGAGCCGCUUCUGGAGUCGGCCCUGUCCGCCGUACACCAGGCAUUGAAGCUGUGCUUGCUGACAGUUCAGGAGCUGUUGUUCCAAGGCGGCGAGUUGAGCGACGAGUGGUCCACGCUACACGACUUCCACCUUAACCCGUCGUCUAUUGCGGUCUCAACCAGUUGCACCCCUCGCUCCAUCAUGCCUCGCACCGCUGCGACCAACGCCGUCGCUAGGGAAACUGGGCAGGGACCGCCCUCGCAGUUGCAGAGUCAGAUGUCGGGCCUUGUGAACCAAGGCGCUGGUCCACUACCGUCGGCGCCAACCACAGGCGCUUUGAACGAUGACGGCCUGGCGGCGAGUUCAAGCACGACAGCGCGGCGCAACUUGUCGUUUGGCAUCACUGCAUCCUCUGCGGCAGCACCGCGAUCGAACCUCGGGAUGAUGGUGUCUUCAAUACGCUCCUCUCUUAAUCAAGUGCUAUCCCAACGGGCCGCACUGGAAGCGGAGGGGUUACAGGACGAUGUCAACGGUGUGGAGCUGUUGAAGCAGAUCGGUCAGGGCGGUCAGGGCGUCGUGUUCUGCGGAACCUUACAUGGUCUCGAGGUUGUUGGCACUGAAGAAGGUGCUGACGAGGUGUACGAUAUUGACGAUGAGGGACAGAUGAUUAAGCUCAAGCGCGUGCUGAAGCGGGAUGCCACGGAGCUCGCCGUUACCACGUCCAUCAGUCACCCCAACAUCGUGCAGGUGUUCAGCUACUUCGUAGACGUCAUGGUGGUGGAGUACGUAGGCCAACCCGACCGUUUCAAGUUGCUGCCCAAGGCCAAGGGGCAGAGUGCCAAUGGCGCAGCGGACAACGGCGGCGUGACAGGGCCUUCCAACAUGAUCAUUUGCAUGGAGUAUUGCGAUGCGGGUAAGGGGAGCCUCAAACAUGCCGUCAAGCGUGGUUGCUUCCGGACCACUGGCGCCCGGCCCAACAUGCAGGCUCUGUACACCACCCUCAUGGAAAUCGCCUUGGCGCUUCGGCACCUCCAUGCGCUGCGGCUUGUACAUUGCGAUCUGAAGCCCUCCAAUAUUCUGCUCAAGAGCUCCAUGCGGGAUCCCCGUGGCUGGGUGUGCAAGUUGUCCGACUUUGGCUGCGUACGGCUAAUGGCCGAGCCUGCCCCGGGGCAGCGCCCCAGCUUCAACCUGGAAUAUGCGGUUGGUACCCCAUCCUUCAUGGCGCCUGAAAUGUUUUGCAAGGGGCAUCCGUUGGACGCGGCAGUGGACAUCUACAGCUUUGGCAUCCUGAUGUGGGAAGUGUACACCGGCGGCAACGUCUACGAUGGUGUACCGCCUGAUAAACUGCCUUACCACGUGGUCAAACGGGGUCUUAGGCCAGCAUUUCCACCUGACACGCCGAGCGCUUUCAGCACUGGUUACGGUGUUGCAGCGACUGCUGUCGUCCUGUGUAUCGACUGGUGCCACUGUUGCAUCUUCAACGCCAACUAG